AUGCUUGUUGCUAAAACAGCACAUGAAAGCGUUGUCAACCGCGGGGGUGAAAGAGGAGAAAAAGUGCUAGGGAGGCGCCAGCCACUUCUCUUGUGUUGUGCUGGGAAGCCAUCACUGACCCUUAGGGAUUUAGGUUUGACCGAUCUCGGGGUCAGCCAGCUAGAUGAGCUGGUGCAGAAGCUUCUGCCCUGUAAAGUAUCAGAUGUUGAAACGCUGGACAAGCUCCUUAAAAACAAAAACAUUCCUGAUGGUCAACAUGAUGCUUUUAAGACUGGUUUUGCAGAGGGAUUCCUAAAAGCUCAGGCCCUAACACAGAGAAACCAAGAAUCAUUAAGGAGGACGCGACUGAUACUAUUGGUGCUUUUGCUGGUGGGCUUAUAUGGACUCUCAAAAACUCCUUUCUUAUCAGUGCGAUUCCGAACCACAUCAGGCCUGGACUCAGCAGUGGACCCUGUCCAGAUGAAGAAUGUCACCUUUGAGCAUGUGAAGGGUGUGGAGGAGGCCAAGAAUGAGCUGCAGGAGGUGGUGGAGUUCCUCCAGAACCCACAGAAGUUCACUGUUUUGGGAGGAAAGCUGCCUAAAGGAAUCUUGUUGGUCGGCCCUCCAGGUACAGGAAAGACCCUGUUGGCCCGUGCUGUGGCAGGUGAGGCAGAUGUGCCAUUCUACUACGCAUCUGGCUCAGAGUUUGAUGAGAUGUUUGUUGGUGUCGGUGCCAGUCGAAUCAGAAACCUUUUUAGGGAAGCUAAAGCUAAUGCUCCUUGUGUUAUCUUCAUUGAUGAGCUGGAUAGUGUUGGAGGAAAGAGGAUUGAGUCCCCUAUGCACCCCUAUUCUAGACAGACAAUCAAUCAGCUUCUAGCAGAGAUGGAUGGGUUCAAGCCAAAUGAAGGCGUCAUCAUAAUUGGAGCAACAAAUUUCCCUGAAGCUUUGGAUAAUGCUCUGAUCCGGCCAGGCCGUUUUGAUAUGCAGGUCACUGUCCCCAUGCCAGAUGUGAAGGGCCGCACUGAAAUCCUCAAGUGGUACCUUAAAAAAAUUAAAGUCGACUCUGCUGUGGAGGCAAUGGUCAUUGCUAGAGGAACGGUGGGGUUCUCUGGAGCCGAGCUGGAGAAUCUUGUUAAUCAGGCUGCACUAAAGGCAGCUGUGGAUGGUAAAGACAUGGUGACCAUGAAGGAGUUGGAGUUUGCUAAGGACAAAAUACUGAUGGGGCCAGAACGCAGGAGUGCAGAUAUUGAUAAGAAGAAUAAAGAGAUCACAGCGUACCACGAGUCAGGCCAUGCUAUUAUUGCAUAUUACACCAAAGAUGCCAUGCCCAUAAAUAAAGCCACUAUUAUGCCGAGAGGCCCAACUUUGGGGCAUGUGUCCAUGCUCCCAGAGAAUGACCGCUGGAGUGAAACUCGUGCUCAACUUCUGGCCCAGAUAGAUGUCAGCAUGGGCGGCCGAGUGGCUGAGGAGCUCAUCUUUGGCAGUGAGAAUAUCACCACUGGAGCAUCAAGUGAUUUUGACAGCGCUACAAAAAUAGCCAAAAUGAUGGUGACCAAAUUUGGCAUGAGUGAAAAGUUGGGUGUCAUGACAUAUGCUGACCUCACCAAGCAGAGCCCAGAAACUCAGGCAGCCAUUGAAAAUGAAGUCAGGAUACUUCUGAGGGAUUCCUAUGAGCGUGCUAAAGUGAUCCUGAAGUCUCGUGCUAAGGAACACAAAAAUCUUGCUGAGGCUUUACUGCAGUAUGAAACAUUGGAUGCCAAAGAGAUCCAGCUGGUCUUAGAGGGAAAGGCAAUAGGCAGCAGAUGAGGGCUCACCAGGACCUUCAGGCAUCUAA